UUCAAGAUAGCACGCACUAACGGUAAAAACGACGCUACAACUUGUUACUGUUCCGACUGUUAACUAAACAUUACGCGCAAAAGACCAAAACAAUACUUAAAGCCGGCCACAAACCAAAAAAAAAAAAAUAAAUAAAAAGGACAACGCACUUUCCGCGCGCAGACAAGUGUGCGUGUGUGUGUUUAUGUGUGUGUGUGUUGAUGUCUAGCAAUUGAAGUGUCUCCAAUAUAAAAAAUACAUAAUAAUUGCAAACAGUAGAAGCAAUUUGCUCGUUGUCCUUACACACACACAGCAGCAGCAGCAAGUCAAUUGGCGCAAGUUUUGGCAGGAAACAUUUGAAUUGUUCGUGCGUGGAAAAUUACAAAACGUAGAGCAAAGGGCGCGCUGAACGAAUUUUGUGGUUGCAAGCAAUCAACAGCAGGCAGCACAGCUGUCUAACUUUGGCACAUUGCCACGCUGCGUAUGCGUAAUAAGCGGCAGCACAUGCUUGCAUCAAAUUGAGGCGCGCUGGCGAUGCAGCUGGUGAGCGGCAAUGCCACAGACGCAAUGUAUCGUUGCAAAAAUUGGUUCUGUGCGCGCAGCAACAACAACAAUUACGUCGAUGUCGCUCUAAAUGAGCCACCCACACCACCAACACCAGCACCACCCACCAACACUGGCAGCAGCCAAAGAGGACGCAACAAAGCGAGCAACAGCAACAGCAACAGCAGCAGCAAUCAGCAAACGGCAAACGGUCAUGCCAUCAACCAACGUGCCACACCGCCCCACCACCAAAGCGAUGAGCCAGCCAGCAGCAGCAGCACAGCAGGUGCAGCAGCUCAUGUGGUCACCUUUCUGGAUGAUACGCCUAGUGGCAGCAACGGCGUAACCAGCAGCCGCAUUGUCACCACAGCCGAACUGCAUCAGGCUCACUUGCUGGAGCAUCAUUCCAAUUUGGAUGCCAUCGAACAAGCGGAUGAUUUCAUCUAUGGCCCUGGCGCUGGCCUCUCGCUAUGCGAUGACAGCUUGCCCUCAGCCAAGAACUGCUACCGAUUGGUAAUGCUGGGCUCAUCACGCGCUGGAAAAUCAUCGAUUGUGGCACGUUUCUUGGGCAAUCGUUUCGAGGAAGCCUAUACUCCAACUAUAGAGGAGUUUCAUCGUAAAUUGUAUCGCAUACGCAAUGAAGUCUUUCAAUUGGAUAUUUUGGAUACUUCUGGCUAUCAUCCGUUUCCCGCAAUGCGUCGUCUAUCAUUUCUAACGGGCGAUCUGUUUAUAUUGGUUUUUAGCAUGGAUUCACGCGAAUCCUUUGAGGAGGUGGUGCGUUUACGCGAGAACAUAUUGGAAACCAAAUGGGCAGCGCUCAAUCCAGGCUCGGGUUUCAAAAAGAAAAGUCUGCCCAAGAUACCAAUGAUAUUGGCUGGCAAUAAAUGUGAUCGCGAGUUCAAAACUGUGCAGCUGGAUGAGGUAAUGGGCUACAUAGCUGGGCAGGAUAAUUGCUGCACUUUUGUCGAGUGCUCAGCUAAGCAAAACUAUCGCAUUGAUGAUUUGUUCUAUGCUCUGUUUAUGGUCUCCAAUCUGCCGCUGGAAAUGACACCCAAUCAUCAUCGUCGCUUGGUUUCGGUAUUUGGUGCGCCCUCGCCGCUGCCACCGCAUGGCUCAGCAGUGGGUGGCAGCAAGAAGAAUGCGCUGUCUAUUAAGCGACGCUUUAGCGAUGCCUGCGGGGUGGUUACGCCCAAUGCGCGACGUCCCAGCAUACGCACUGAUCUCAAUCUAAUGCGUUCCAAGACCAUGGCAUUGAAUGAAGGCGAAACUGUGCGCAGUACUUCGCGCUGGAGUCGCUGUGUGCUCAUGUAAGCUUCUCUUUCAUGCACCUGCGGAUCUUGUGAUAGUAGUGAGCAGCGAUCUGCAGGCGGCGUGCGUAAUUUAAUUUUAAAUAGCAGCGUUUGGGUGAUUUCAAUACAGUGCAAGCUCUAUAAGUGAACAAUUGUUUGAAGAUAAAUACUCUGUAAGUUUGCACUGUAUGUAUAACUACUACCAUAGUAUAUACAUUUAAAUAUAUAAA